AUGAAGAAAAAGAUAGAUUUGGUUGAAGAAGAGCACGAGAGUGAACAUGAAGAAAGCGAAAGUUCCGGUGAUGAAAGCGAAGAUGAAGAACCAAGAAUAAAAGAUGUUUUGAGUCAUCUUUCCCGAGCGGUGUCUGAAAAGCGUGCUUCUGAUCUGCUGCAUAGUAUGGCUGCUUCCAAAGACAUUCUUUUCUGGACUCCCCGCGGACAAUUACUUCGAAAUAAACGUAUAAUUCCCGUCACAAACAUCGCCGAGCUAGUUGACUAUGUGUUACUCCCUCAUAACAAUGAAGUUACCAAGCCUCGUGCGCUGAAUUUGUUUCUAGAUGGACUUGCAGAGUUAGGUAUCGGUAAAGGUUUAAUCAAGAACAAAAAGUUGCUAAGCGAAUUAAUAGAAAGGGAAAAAGGCCACUGAAAUGUAGAAAAUACUUCCGAGAACGAGAGUAAUAAUGAGGAGAGUUCAUUGNGGAACGCAAUGUCAAAUAAGGCAGCAAGCUCAUCAGGAUCAUCAGUAUCCAUGGCGGAGCAGAUAAGAUUAUGACCAACCGCCGUUAGGCCGCUGACCUAAAGAGUCAAAAAAUGAAGAAAAAGAUAGAUUUGGUUGAAGAAGAGCACGAGAGUGAACAUGAAGAAAGCGAAAGUUCCGGUGAUGAAAGCGAAGAUGAAGAACCAAGAAUAAAAGAUGUUUUGAGUCAUCUUUCCCGAGCGGUGUCUGAAAAGCGUGCUUCUGAUCUGCUGCAUAGUAUGGCUGCUUCCAAAGACAUUCUUUUCUGGACUCCCCGCGGACAAUUACUUCGAAAUAAACGUAUAAUUCCCGUCACAAACAUCGCCGAGCUAGUUGACUAUGUGUUACUCCCUCAUAACAAUGAAGUUACCAAGCCUCGUGCGCUGAAUUUGCUUCUAGAUGGACUUGCAGAGUUAGGUAUCGGUAAAGGUUUAAUCAAGAACAAAAAGUUGCUAAGCGAAUUAAUAGAAAGGGAAAAAGGCCACCGAAAUGUAGAAAAUACUUCCGAGAACGAGAGUAAUAAUGAGGAGAGUUCAUUGAAUAUUGAAAAUCAGGAGGAGGAGGAAGUGGCUUCUGAGAAUGGCAGUGAAGCUGAAGACACCCAAGGGAGCGACAACGACACUGAAAAACGACAGUGAGGAAACAGCAAGUAAUAGUCAUGAAACGUCCACCACCUUUCACUCUGAAAAUCCCUGUGAACGUCGUGAGAAUUCUAAUGUGUACGGGACUUUGAUCAUGAAAUGUCCUAAAUGCUCUCGGAACGAUUCACCUAUGAUUUGUCCCAUAUGUGAUCACCAGAUCCCCGAGGAGAGAAAUAACAUGAAAGAGGGCCUUCUUCGGUGCCACGAUUGUGGAGCAAUAGUUCGCCUAUAA